AUGUACAACCAGCAAGGAUACAACGGUGGUUCAGUGUACGGUGCGAGUUACGGCAUGGAUUACCAGCAGUAUUACUAUCAGCAACAGCAACAGCAACAACAACAAGUUCCCCAGCAUCAACAAAGGAUUGCCGGUGUUAUGGGAUACUAUUCACCGGACGCGGCCGCCAUGUUCUACAAUCCGUACGUGUACGGCGCUCAACAGCAGAUGGCACAGCCGCAACAGCCCGUGGACUACCAGCUAACCCCAGCUCUGUAUCUGCUCAACCAGCAGGCCGAACUGCUGCAACGGUCACUCCAUCGAACCACUCCGCCGCAGUCGCGCCCGGCAAAGCGGAACACAUCCAAAGCGAAGGACCAAGGACCUUCCACCAAGGCACUUCCCAGGAAAACCCGAGGUCCCUACAAGCGACGUGCCAACAAGUCUCUCUCGCCGUCGACGUCACCGGCGCCCGAGCAGCCGGACACGUCUUCGGAUCGCCUUUCCACCUCGGACGUCUCCGGAAGCAACAACCGAUCGUCGUCAUCGAUACAGUCGUUGGACCAGCAACAGCAAUCGGCGGAGCGGAAGCGGAAAAGCGAUUCCUUCCUCGAGCUCGAGCAGCAGACGAAAAGGCAGUUCAUCGAUCAAACACCCUCCCCGAUCGGCGCCAACAGUGGUUUGCUGCGGGAACGAAGACAGUCCAUCUUCUGCAGCGUGGCACUGAUGGCCGAAAGCUCCUGCACCAAACAGCGAUAG